AUGCCAUCCGCCCUCCAAGACGCCGGAACCGUGCCCGAGAUCGCCAUCCCGCAUCUCGCACUGUCCCUGCGGGAAGUACGCUCUAUCGCCCUCGUCGGCUUCCGCUUUUUCGCCGGGUGCGCUCCUCACACGGGCAUCGUGCGCCGAUCCCAUACCAACGUGACCAUGUCCGCCUUGUGGGGUCAUGCUCGUGCGCCCGUGUCGGUGUGGUGCAACAACUCGUCGUAUCUCCUGCUCGGAGGACCAGGCGCGUGGGGAAGCUGCGGUGGGGGUGGGCGAGAUUUUGUGUGA